GCAACUGCCAUAAACCUUACCUUCGAAAAGAAUGCUAUGAUAAUCACAACCACUACUACUAUGAUACACAAUUGAGGAAAUGUGUACCCUUUGGAUGGACCGGAUGCAACAAAAAUGGAAAUGACUUCCGGAGCUACGAGGAAUGCAUAGCAAAAUGCGGAUCGGU